AUAAAUAAAUUGGGAAAGUAGGAACAAAAUAGUAAAUAGAAAAUAGAAUGCUUCCCGCGAUAUUCUCAAAUCCCUGUCCCUGAAAAUUCAGUCAUCUGAAGACCUAAAACAGAGCUCUUUUUCUCAUAAUUUUGAAGCCCUAAUUUUCUCCACUCUCAUCCUCUUCGCUAACUUUUUGGCGUACAAAUGGACUCAUUAGAUGAAUCCUUCGAAAAAUUAUUAGCUAUACGGCGAGUUAUGGGUAUGAAAAGAUAUCUACAAAGGGAUAAAGUUCCUUCCGAAAUUGAGGAGUGUCUCUUUUUGGGUUCUCUUGAAGCUGCAAGAAACAAGGAGGAGCUGAAAGAGUUAAAAAUUACUCAUAUUUUAACUGUGGCUCAUUGUUUGGUGCCAAUAUAUCCGGAUGAGUUUGUUUACAAGGUCAUAAAUGUUGCGGAUAAAGAAGAUACGGACAUUAAGCAGUUCUUUGAUGAAUGUUUCAAUUUUAUUGACGAAGCAAAAAGAUCGGGUGGUCGUGUGUUGGUUCAUUGUGUGGUAGGAAAAUCCAGAAGCGCAACUAUUGUCGUUGCAUAUCUAAUGAGACAACAUGGAAUGACCCUAUCUGAAGCCCUGAAGCUCGUGAGGAGUCAAAGGCCAAUAGCUGCUCCGAAUCGUGGUUUUAUGUCACAACUUCAGGAGUUCGAAAAAUCUCCUAUUGCUCAAGAAAAUGAGAACAAAAUUUUGAAGUGCAUGGAGUCAACUCAGUAAUUAAGAAGUUAAGAUAUUGCUAGAUGAGAUCAAAUUACCUUGAUGGAUGAAUGUAGAUAUUGAUCAUCAGAACUUGAAGGAUAUCUGAUACUCAUUUUGUGUGUAUGUGUGGAAACAUUCAAUAAAUUGGAUACAUUAAAAAUUAACAUUCAUCAAAUGGAAUCAAGUAGGGUUUAUGGGUGGCAUUGCAAAAUGUUGGAUUAGGCAGUCAAAAGGGUUUUGAAGGUGUAGUUUAUAUCAACCCAUUGAAGCGCAGUUCGGGCCUGGCCUGUAAACUAAAGUGUGGCCCAUUGAGUUGUGUUAAAAGACAACAAGAUGUGUAGUGCAGUUCGUAUAUGUAUUUUGUAUCUUUACAUAUAUAUAAUAUAAAAUAAAAAUAAUUAUGGA